UGACAUCUACACCGUGCCUGACAUUUGAUGAUAAUGUAACCUAAGAGUUAACUGUUAUUUUUAUUUUGCAAAAUAAAUCAAAACAACUUAGGUAUUGAAAAAGAGGCGAAUAAUUCCAUUGAUUAAAAGAGCAGUUAAGAAUUAUAGUCUCUCAUAAAUUGUCUAUUUAGUGCAUUUGAACAUGAAGUUAACGCUAUGUUUAUUACGUCGUAAUCGGCUCCCUAAUGGGAAUAUAUUUCGCGGAAAGGACCGUCUGGUGAAACAAGUAGAACCCAAGCACCUUCGUAGAUUGGAGAGAAGCUUUGUUACUGAAGAGCAAAAUAUGUUUUAUCUGCGUCAUCCAUACCUUACCGAAGAAGAAAGCUGUGGACAUGCAAAAGCAUUAGGCAAACAUGAAGCUAGAAAAAUGCGAUUCCAAGAAAAUAGCAAUAGAAUGUUCAAGGAAGAUGUCACAUUAUAUGAGCGGCUUCAGCAUCUACGUGUGAAAGAAGGUUGGGAAUGAGAAACUGUGCUUAGCUUGUAAUUCCAUAAAAAGUUGUGAUGUUUAGUAUAGUAAAUACCUGAAAAUUUA